UCGGCUCGUCUGUCUUGUUGUUGUUGUCAGCGCAGCGGAACCUCACCACCAUGCCGCUCGAUGAGCACUCAAUCGCGGGUAUGGACGGUGACAGUAGCGGUAGACGGCGGAGAGCUUGGCUCGGCUCGACGCUUUCGCCGCAUCCGGCCCUCGGGAGCUCGUGCGCGGCCAGGAGCCUGGCGGCGGCAGCGGUAGGGGGUAGAAAGAUCACGCAUCCCGGGAAGGCCAUCCUAGCAGGUGGGAUUGCAGGCGGGAUCGAGAUUUGCAUCACCUUCCCGACAGAGUACGUGAAGACUCAGCUACAGUUGGACGAGCGAGCCAACCCGCCGCGCUAUCGGGGCAUCGGUGACUGUGUUAAGCUGACCGUGCAGGAUCACGGUCUUCGAGGCCUGUACCGAGGGCUCAGUUCGCUGCUCUACGGAUCCAUCCCUAAGUCGGCUGUCAGAUUCGGCACCUUCGAAAUUCUCAGCAACCCCAUGCGUGACGCCACGGGUCGGCUGGAUAACACACGCAGCCUUUUGUGUGGCUUGGGGGCCGGCAUCACAGAGGCCAUCGUCAUAGUAUGCCCCAUGGAGACACUCAAGGUGAAGUUGAUCCACGACCAAUGCUCGAUGAGGCCCCGGUACCGUGGCUUCUUCCACGGUGUCAGCGAGAUCAUCAGGGAGCAAGGUGUCAGGGGGACCUAUCAAGGCCUGACGGCCACCGUGCUCAAGCAGGGAACCAAUCAGGCUAUCCGGUUUUAUGUGAUGAACGCGCUACGCAAUUGGUACAAAGGGGAUGAUCCUAGAAAGGAAAUGCACCCAAUUGUCACAGCUAUGUUUGGAGCCACGGCUGGAGCCGCUAGCGUUUUUGGCAACACACCACUAGAUGUGGUCAAGACCAGGAUGCAGGGUCUAGAUGCACAUCGCUACAAAAAUACUGUAGACUGCGCCUUCCAGAUCCUCAAGCAGGAAGGACCGCAAGCGUUCUAUAAGGGAACAGUUCCCAGGCUGGGACGCGUGUGCUUGGACGUGGCCAUCGUUUUUGUCAUCUACGAGGAGGUGGUUAAGCUGCUUAACAAUGUUUGGAAGACCCAGUAGGACAACUUCAGGAUUCCUAAAGAGACUGGCAAAAGUUCUUCGGAAACAACCGAACCAGACACUUGGUCAUGAGUCAUGACGCUUUAGGAGCAUUUUCCAGCACUACAACAAAAUAACUGAGGACAGAUUGUGAAGAGUGACAAAGGGAGGGGGGGCAGACAAUCACUAACGGCAACUCUCCAAGAGCAGAGUCACUAAACACCUUGUGGUUGUUUGCUGGAUUUAAAAAAAAAAAAAAUUGCCAGACAGCACGAUUCAUACAGGCAAUCAUUAACACAUUGGUUGUUAUUGACAGUGAUAGACGUCCAAUAUGUUUGAAUGCCCAUUGAUGGCAGUAAAUGAAUGGACUUGGCCCAUUUUUACCUAAUCAUACGUAGUGUUGGGUUGGAGGGGGUGAUUUGUUUGUACUGAAAGCACCUUUGGGUUUAGGACAGACAGGAAAAAAAUGGUUGCACAUUUACACAUGCACAGUCUAGACACCUUGCUUGAUGCUAACAGGUCUAAUUUCACAUUUUAUCCUUUUUCAUCACCAUGAGUUUUAUGUUGCUUUCCAGAGGUGAAUUGUUAGUAGCUAAAUGCUAAGUCAAGCUGUCUCACUUGAUGCUAACAGAUCUGUUGUUCUGAUUAAGGCAAAAAACAGCUUAUCCAAGACUUUAAUAUUUUACACUUGUCACUUUUCAUUGUUAAUUCAAACUUAUUUUUGGGGGAGGAGUGUGGGGUUGUACAAUUGUGGGUUAGCCAUACGCCAAGUCCAAAUGUCCCAUUAAUUGUCUCGCUAGAUUUAUACCGUGCAAUAGCAUAUAUAGCUUUUCACUCGGUCACUAGUGAUGUAUGCUGCUGCUUUAGGGGCAAUGUUAGCCACAUGCUAAUUACAUCGGUUUUAAUACUAACAUUGUUAGUAACAGGCUCUUUGUUGUGCUGUUCCAAGACAGUUAACUCUUUCAGUGCCAUUGACGAUGACAUUAAAUCGUGGCUUUUUUCAUCGUGCGAAAUGAAAUGAGUUUGUCACAAGUAGAUGUCUCAUCUAUUUGAACUGGGAGGGCUGGCAGCGAACUAACCCUCCAAAUUCAAAUGGAUUGGACGUCUAUGGCCGGCAAUGGCAGCCAAUAGGUGAAGAGGCUUAUUCCAGAAGUUACCGAGUAUUUAAAACCACUCUGCCUUGCACAGCUGAAGCCUUCAGAGUCCCCGCAUUUUUUUUUUUUUUUUUUUGCGAGACAACAAA